AUGGACCGGUCACAAUCUCUUAAUGCCCCACCAUUCUUUGACGGAGGCAACUAUGCUUUUUGGAAGGUCCGAAUGAGGGCUUUCUUGUGUGCUAUAGAUGAGUUUGUAUGGGAUUCUGUUGGGAAUGGGUAUGUUAAACCCACAACUGCCAAGUCCAAAUGGGACAAGGCAGCUCUUGCAUUAGCUAAUGCGAAUAGUAAGGCCAUCAAUGCUAUAUUCUGUGGUGUGUCCCCUGAUGAGUUUCACAGGAUAUCGCACAUAAAGGUAGCUAAGGAAGCUUGGACAAUCCUUGAAACAACCUAUGAGGGUAUCAAGAAAGUCAAGGACACGAAGUUUCAAAUGCUUACCACCAGAUUUGAAGAACUUAAGAUAGGAGAUGAUGAGGCUUUCGAUUCUUUCUAUGGAAAGCUUAAUGAGAUUGUAAUUGCCAAACUCAAUCUCGAAGAGAAGAUUAAAGAUUCUAAAGUGGUGAGAAAGAUUUUGAGGUCUUUACUGGAGAGUUUUCGAGCAAAAGUCACAACUAUAGAAGAGAGUAAAGACUUGGAUGAGAUCAAAAUCCAAGAGCUUAUUGGAUCUCUCCAAACAUAUGAGCUAGGACUGCCUUCUCAUAAAUCGAGCAAAUCACUUGCUCUUAAAACCAUCACCGAGAGAAUGGACAACUCCUUCGAAGAGGAUGAUGUGGAGAAGGAGGUAUCAUUUCUUGCUAAGAACUUCCAAAAAUUUUUGAAGAUGAAAAACGAUGGGAAGCCUUUCAACAAAGGGAAGUUUUCAUCUCACAAGGGUGAUAGGAAGGAAUUCAAGAAGAAAGAUGAUAAGGAGUCUCAAUCUACUCAAGGAAUCACUUGCUUCGAGUGCAAUGGACAUGGACAUGUUAAGAGGGAAUGUCCUAAUUAUUUGAGAAUGAAGGGCAAGGCAUAUGCCACAACUCUCAGUGAUUCUGAUUCUUCCAAUUCAGAUUCAGAGGAUAAACUUGGGGAGCAUAGUAAUGAGGAAUCCAUGGGAAUUGUAGAAGUAUCGGAUGCUGAAGUAGAUGAAGAUACAACCAAUCUUCAAGAGAACUACAGCUCUCUCCUUAAGAAGUUAGGAAAGUAUGAAAGGGUGGCCAAGGUGGUUGUGAAGAAGAUGAAGAAAGCAGAGGAGGACUAUAGAAGUCUCCUAGUAAGAUAUAAGGAGGCCAAGUGUGAGAUUGAGACAUUGAAUGAUGAGUUAACCGAGGCUUACUCAAAGGUGAAAUGUCUUGAGCUUGAGGUGAUUCAAGCAAAUGCCAAAGUAGACCGUGUCUCUACCAAGAAGCUUGAUGAUGUCAUCUCUUCUAAAAAAACUUUCUCUGACAAAACCGGGUUGGAAUAUACUGGAGAAAGUAGUUCGGGUGUUAAGGUAACCAAGGAAGUAAAGUUUGUGAAGGCCAAAGAACCAAAAGAAAUUGUCCCUACUGUUGAGAAAGCAAAUGUGGAAAAGAAGAAGAAUAUGGCUGACCAAUGA